CAUAAGCCGCCGUCGCCGUCGCCUAGGCCACCGCGAACCGAUGAUGUGUUUCACACACAUCGGCGGAAUCAUUUCGACUACGAUACUAUCAACCAAUCUUUCCUGCGCCCUCUGCUGACGGUAACUGUAAAGUUAUCAGGUAUGUAGCACCGCACCGACGACCAUGCUUUUCAUAUUCGAGGCUCGAUAUCGAUUGCUGAUUCAACAGUUCGGAAUGGUGCUUCCGAACUUCGUUAGCAACGGGGUAGGAGACGCGGAGGGGACUCCAUUCAUGGAGUAUGGAACGAUGCUGCAGAUCGAUUCCAUACAAGUUUAUGCAGACGGUCACAGCCAUAUCUGGACGGUCGGCGAUCCAAGUUUAGGAUCAAGAAGUGGGGCUACCGGGAUGAUUACCUCAUCGCUAAAGUCGAACGAGUCGACGAUUUCCCUCUUGCCGACGAGGAAGCAUUCGAACAGUCAUGCCUAGGAAUUUCCCAGGGACAUCCGCGACGUUGGCGAGAUCACUGAGCUCUCCGGAUGCGACUACCUCUCCAUCUCCCCCAACCUCCUCGAGGAGCUCUUCAACAGCGAGGGCUCCGUGCCCAAGAAGUUGUCGUCC